AUGUUCCCCAGGUUUGGGUACCUCCCUGCCCAAAAAUUUACCAACAGUCGUCUCAUCAAACCGCCGAAUUUGAUUGCCAAUUGGUACGACGCUUCUCUUGAAUUUUUUUUCUUUUCCUCUUUAUCAGCUAAUCUUUUAAGUUCUGCGACACUGUCGUCCCCACAUUCAAGACCAAUUCCACGUCUUGAUGCGAACAACUUUCGAACUUUUUCCUCUUUCACUACCAGAGUUCUACGACACUGUCGUCCUCACACCAUUUUCUUGCUUCCAAUUCCUUUUCUUGAUGCGAACAACUUUCGUCCCCAACUUUUUCCUCUUUUCACUACCAGAGUUCUACGACACUGUCGUCCCCAUUUCAAGACCAAUUCCUUUUCCAAGACCAAUUUUCCUCCUCUUGACACUGUCGUCCAACUUUCAGUUUUUUUCCUCUUUUUCUUUCGAACUUUUCCUUUUCGAGGACACUGUUCUGGUAACACUGUCAAUACAUUUCAAGACCAAUUCCUCGUCCCUAAUAACAACUUUCACUUUUCUCUUUCGUACCAGAGUUCUGCGACACUGUCGUCCCACAUUUCAAGAUCAAUUCCACAAACUUUUCCUCUUUCACUACACUUUUCUACCACGACACUAGUUCUCUUCCUGUCGUCCACAUCAUUUCCAAGACCAAUUUCGUCUUUGAUGCGAACAACUUUCGAACUUUUCACCUUUUUUUUUCACUACCAGAGUUCUACGACACUGUCGUCCCACAUUUUUUCCCGACUUGAUGCGGAACAACUUUCGAACUUUUCCUCUUUUCACUACCAGAGUUCUACGACACUUGUUCACGACACUGUCGUCCCCACAUUUCCAAGACCAGUUUACCUCCUCUUGAUGGGAGCAACCGUUGCUGGGUCUUUUCCUCUUUCCUGCCAGGGUCUACGACACUGUCGUCCCCACAUUUCAAGACCAAUUCCUCCUCUUGAUGCGACAACUUUCGAACUUUUCCUCUUUUCACUACCAGGUUCUACGACACUGUCGUCCCCACACAUUCAGAUGAAUUUCUCCUCUGCCAGUGCGAACAACGCGAACUUUUCCUCUUUCACUGCCAGGUUUACGACACUGUCGUCCCACACAUUUCAAGACGAUUUUCCUCUUUUUUCGAACUUUUCCUCUUUUCACCAGAGUUCUCACGCACUUUUUUCCCCACACAUUUCAAGACCAAUUCCACGUCCCUGCACGCCUUUUUUUCCUCUUUUCACUACCAGGAGUUCACGUCCCCAUUCCCUCCUCUUGACGCUUUCGAACUUUUCCUCUUUUCAACCAGGUUCACCCUCACUGUCGUCCCACACAUUUCACCAAUUCAUGCCAACUUUCGUUUUUCUCUUUCCUGCUUUCACCCAUUCUUCCCAUUCCGGCAUUCUGUCGUCCCCACACCAAGAUGAAUUCCACGUUUUUCCCCCUCUUCACUCAUUCCCUCCCUGCAUUUUUCCUUUCACUCAUUCCCUCCUCAUGCCUUUUCUCUCUCACCCAUUCCUCUCACGCUUUUCUCUUUCACUUAUUCCUCCUCACGCCUUUUUUUUCUCUCAAUUCUAUCUCCUCACGCCUUUUUUUUCUUUUCACCAUUCCUCUCUCUCUUCACUCAUUAAUUUCACGAUUUUCUUUUCCCAUUUAGAACUCCAUUCCCCACGUAUUUUUCUCUCUCUUCACUCAUUCCUCCUGCCGCUUUUUCCUCUUUUUCACUUAAUUCUCCUCACUUUUUCUCUUCUUUCUACCCAUCCCCACGCUUUUUUUUUUUUUUUUUUCCUCUUUUCACUCAUUCCUCUCACGCAUUUUUCUCUUUCCCACAUUCCAAGACCAACCAAUUUCUCUCUUUUCCGAAUUCCCUUCAGACUUUUCCUCUUUCACUACAUUCCCUCUCCGUACUGUCGUCCCCCACAUUCCUCCUCACCUUUUUCUCUCUUCCUCAUUCAGCUUUCGACCUUUUCCUCUUUUUUCACUACCAGAGUUCUACGGCUUUUUCUCUCCCCUCAUUCCCUCCUCACCUUUUCCUCUCUUUCCUCAUUCCCUUUCGAACUUUUCCCCUUUUCAUUCCCCUCCUUCUACGGCGGUAGACACUGUCGUUCCCUCACAUUCCAAGACCAAUUCUCUCACCAUUCCCUCCAACACGAACUUUUCCUCUUUUCACUCAGAGUUCCCCUCCUGUCGUCCCUAACACAUUUCCAAGACCAAUUCCCUCCUCAAGAUUUUCUCUCAACCAUUCCCUUUUCCUCCUUUUCUCCUAUUUCCUCAUUUCCCUCCUCACUGUCGUCCCACUCAUUUCAGACCAAUUCACCUCUUGAUGCGAACUUUUCCCCCUUUCCUCAUUUCCACCCUCAAAGCAUUUCUCUCGUCCUCAUUCCUCCUCCGCCUUUUUCUCCUUUUCUGAUGCCUCCAACUUUCGAACUUUUCCUCUUUUUCACUCAUUCCUCCUCACUCUUUUCCACACUUUCAGACCAAUUCCUCGUCUUAAUCUCUUUCACUUUCCCCUUUCACUCACGCAUUUUUCUCCUCUUUCAUUCCCUCCUUUUCAAGAUUUUUCACUCAUUGAUGCGAACAACUUUCGAACUUUCACUCAUUCCCUCCUCACGCACUGUUCCCCACACUUGCCAAUUCCAGGUCUUUUGUGUUUCCUUUCUUUUCCACGUCUUUGUGUUUCUAUUGUUUCCUUAUGACCGAAUGCCAAUUCCACGUCUUUGUGGUACUGAUAUUUCCUUGGUUUCUACUAUAAACCAAAUGCCAAUUCCACGUCUUGUGUUUGGUGUUAUUUCCUUAUGUAACCGAAUGCCAAUUCCACGUCUUUUGUGUUUCUGA